AAAUGCCCAAAUUAGAAACAUUUUCCCAGUCACGUUUGCGACGAAGAGCGGAGAUGUUGCGGUAGUAUAAAGCAUAAACCUCUAAUCGGUGCCUCCAUAUCCCCCACUUCUGACUGCAGAACCAAAUCAGCUCAUCAAGAUCAAGAUGGAAGGUAUGGUGCAUAGAACGGUGGAGGUGAACGGCAUCAAUAUGCACGUGGCUGAGAAAGGAGAAGGCCCGGUGGUGCUCUUCCUCCACGGCUUCCCUGAGCUCUGGUACUCCUGGCGCCACCAGAUCCUGUCUCUCAGCUCCCGAGGCUUCCGUGCGGUGGCUCCCGAUCUCCGUGGCUACGGCGACACCGAUGCCCCAUCGUCCAUCACCAGCUACACAUGCUUCCACCUUGUCGGUGACAUCGUCGCCCUCAUCGACUCUCUGGGUGUGGAUCAAGUCUUCCUCGUUGCUCAUGAUUGGGGAGCCAUCGUCGGUUGGUAUCUCUGCCUCUUCCGCCCUGAAAUAGUCAAAGCCUAUGUGUGCCUCAGCGUCCCCUUCCGACCUUUUCUGGGCAGAAACCCCAAAAUCAGAACCGUAGACGCCUUUCAUGCCUUAUUCGGGGAUGAUUACUACAUCUGUAGAUUUCAGGAACCGAGGAAGAUGGAAGAAGAGCUGGCUCGAGCUGGGACUUCAUAUGUGAUGAAAAAUAUCCUCACCACCCGGCAAACGGGUCCCCCGAUCUUGCCGAAAGGAGAGUAUGGGACUGGCUUCAAUCCCAACACUCCGGAGGACUUGCCCUCCUGGCUCACUCAAGAAGAUCUUGCUUAUUAUGUUGCCAAAUUCAACAAAACGGGUUUUACUGGUGGCUUAAACUACUACAGAAAUCUCAACUUAGACUGGGAGCUGACCUCGCCGUGGAAUGGAGUAGGAAUCAGCGAUAAAGUUCCGGUAAGAUUCAUAACGGGCGAUUUAGACCUGGUGUACACUUCGGCUGGGAUGAAAGAGUAUAUUCAUGGUGGUGGAUUCAAGAAAGACGUGCCCAGUUUGGAGAAGGUAUUUGUGCAGGAGGGAGUGGCUCACUUUAACAAUCAAGAAGCGGCAGAAGACACCAGCAAUCUCAUUUACGACUUCCUCUCCAAGUUCUGAUGCAUUUCGUCUGCUAAUCCGCCCGCCGUCUCUCCGUGCCUCAUCCGAUAAUAAUUUAUUUGAUCGCCUGUAUUUUGCAUUUGCAUCAUGUUUAUUGUAAUAAGCUGUUGCUCUUUGAACAUCUUUCUUUCUACUCGUGGUUUUGCUUUGUUUCCCCACAACACGCUGCCUGUCCAUGGAGCCUUGCAUUCUGAUGCAGUGUAUAUCUCCCCGCCAAAGAUUAUGGGGUGUUUGGCCUAAAAGCCUCUUUGGCAAACCAGUUUCUUCAAAACUAAUGCUUCGCUAGAAAAA